AUGGCAGACCGGGAGGCCAAGCGCCAGGAGCUCAAGAGGCAGAAGCGCGCCCGCCAAGCAAAGCAGCGUAGGGGUGAUGACUGGGUGCCGGAGGAGCAAUUCGUACCGCACGCCGAGCGAGAAUUCCAGGCCCAGUCGAAGCAUGCCGCGACAUUCUGGGAGAUUGCCACCACUAUGCGCACCGUCCCGAAUGGCCUCCAUCCAGACGCUCUCAAGGCCAACCAUCCCGAGAUCUUCGCACUCCUCUCCACCGGCAAUCCGAUCACUGUCUCAAGGAGCAUGCACCCCAUUCAAAUCGCCGCCAUCUGGUACCUGGAGCUCGACAAGAAGCACUGCUUCAACACCUUGGAGAAGGUACCCUCAGCAUGCUACGCAGCGGCUGUCAUGGCCUCGUACAACUACCUGUGUGACAACAACAAGAUCGAUGUCACGCCAGCUCUACUCAUCCCGUACGCCAUUGCCUGCAAUGAGCAGCAGUUCUUCCCAGACAAAUUCAUCUACCGCGAACGUUUCAUCACGCUGUGGAUGUACUCUACCGGCGACAUCCCCCAGUAUGGCAAGAAAGCAUGCGACCGCAUCACGAUGGCCGCUCGAGACUUGAAGCGGGAGUUGAACCAGAUCGAUGGCCCCGACCCAUUCUCUGCGAUGGCACAGGACCUUGAGGAGGUCAUCAAGGACGAGGUGGAGACGGGAGGAUUGGACGACGAAGGGGAAGAGCUCGCGGAGGAGACGGAUAAGGAGAACUCGGUCCUGCGGAGCCGUGGCGACGUGGACUUCAAGAUGUAUGAUGGGGAGGAUAGCAUCACGCCAGGCCUGUCGUCGCAGCCGGAGGAUAUUCGCGAGGCAUCCCACCACAACUGGCUUUUUGGGAUGUUGGAGUACAUGGAAUCACGACUUGCUGAGCUGCAGAAGCAGACCAUUAACCGGGAUGAUGAAGCCAUUAUGGUGCUGAAGGCCAAGCUCAUCCGAUUCUGGGAGGUCAUCAGCCUCAAGCAGAUGGCACAGGAAAUGGGAUUCGAGCAGUUUGCAUGA